AUGUCCAUGUGCUGGCUCUGCGCCCGCCACAGCCAGCCCACAUGGCCGCAACGGCGGCCCUUGAGCGCCACGCAGACCCUGCGCAAGAGGGCGAAAGGCAACCAGAAAUCGUCGCCCUUUCGGAGCCUCAAGCACGACCCCGCAGUCGUCAACAGCUUCCUCGCCGCCGACGAGCCUGCGAAUGCCGACCAGACAGUCCCCAUACGCAAAGUAAAGGCCAAAGGCGACCAAGAUGAUGCCGCGCCCGAGACCAUGUCGCUCAAGGAGGCUCUCAUGGGCUCCUCGCUGAGAGGGCUGGCCGGCCAGGACAAGAAGAAGAAGCGGGACCACCUCAAGGAGAAUCUCCACAUUGAAGAGCUCGCUCCAGGCGAUCUCAACUUCGAGCCCAUUCAAGUCGACAUGCCGCCGCUGCCCAUGCUGGCCUACGGUCUCGAUCGUGUGCUGUUCAACCCUGGCGUCUACCGCCUGCAGGACCCUCGCACAGGCGUCUACAACUUCGACCCCUAUCUGGAGAAGAUCAUGCCCGUCGAGGAGUUUGACUUUGACGCCCUGAGCGAAUACAAGACGUCGUCCAAGGACGAGGACCUGCUGGCCAUUACCAGAAAACUGGGCGUCAAAUACACGGGCUCCACCUCCAGCAUGUCCGGCGUGCUUCAGCACUUCCACUUCCUGCUGUCCGCCCACCGCAAGCUCGACCACAGCAUGCUCUCGAAGAACUUCCCCGAUCCCACCAACAAGUUCUCACGUAUCACACAAGGCCCCGAUGCCAUCUUCUUGCGCUACAAGGACGGUGUGUAUGCAAUCGACGCCGACAAGACUUUUGACACGCCCAACGUCAUGAGCUGGCUUGGCCACUCCCUCGAAAAACUCUUGACUUCGGAGCGCGCCGAAUUCGAGCGCUACCGCAGAUCCAACCCAGAACAAACGCCGGACGAAAGCGCCUCGGCGAGGUGCUUCCACUACACCAAGCAGGGCAGCAUCUUGAUGCGUUCUCAACUGGACGCUCAGGAUCCACGUCUGCCAGGCGCUGGCAUCUUCGACCUGAAGACAAGAGCAGUCGUGUCCAUUCGCAUGAACCACAGGGAGUACCAGGAAGGCCUUGGCUACCAAUUGCGCUACGCACAGGGCGAGUGGGAAUCUUUCGAACGCGAGUUUUACGACAUGACCCGAGCCACCAUGUUGAAAUACUCGCUCCAAGCCCGCAUGGGGCGAAUGGACGGCAUCUUCCUAGCGUACCACAAUAUUGAGCGCAUCUUCGGCUUCCAGUACCUCAGCCUCUCGGAGAUGGACCAGGUCCUUCAUGGGCAAACCGACACUUGCCUGGGUGACCAGGAGUUCAAGCUGUCGGUCGGCCUUAUGGAAGAGCUUCUGAACCGAGCCACCGAGAAGUUCCCCGAGACAUCCAUUCGUCUGCACUUUGAGACCCGCGACACCAAAGCGCCCUUUAUGUAUGUUUUUGCCGAGCCAGUCACCGAAGAGCGUGCAGACGAUAUCCAGAACACGGGAGCGCAAUACGCAAAGGACUGGGCACGCCGUGUCGUUGGCGUUGGCAAAGACGACCCCGAGGCGCAAGAGGCGUGGCAGGAUCUGCAAGAAGAAGUCGACGAGCAAGUCAAUGAGGAUGGCACUGUGGAAAAGAAUGUGGGAGCAGAGACGAGCGAGGACGUGGACACGCCCGCCGACGGCGAAACUGCCACUACCGCCGAGGAUGCUAAUGCAGCUGUGGAACCACCGACGUUUGCAAAAGACACGAACACUGCCGGGCCUCUGGUAGGCUGGACGCUCACCAUUCGCAACAAAGUAAACGGGCACUACCUCACGCGCCCCGAGAAGCUGGAGCCCGAGGACAACUGGCAAAUCGAAUACCACAUCAACGAGAUUGAAGAGGCUUCUGCCUGGGACCUUUACAAUGCCAUCAAGGAGCGUCGACGCCAGCUGAUUGGGCUGAACGAUGAUGAGCAGAGCAAGGGACUCGUGAACUACCGGAAGAUCAUACAGCGCUUUGCGAGCAGAGGACGGACGUGGAGGGCGAAGCAAGACCAGCUCGACGAGGAGAGGGGCGUGCAGCUGUUUACACCCUUGGGGCCUGGGUCCGAGGCGUAUGUAUCUUCGAGGUCGAAUGAGGCUGAGGCUGAGGCUGAGGCUGUUACAGGGAGAAAGGCGUAA